AUUAUUAUAAUCUUUGUUUUGUUUUGAAAUUGAAGCAUGUUUGUCGUUUUGGUUAGAUUGCAUUUGCAUGAAAAUAGGAAAAACGAAGCACUUACGUCCUACUUAAAGUUAAAUAUAAAUAUUUAAAAUGUCUAAAAGACCAGAACAUCAAGCUCCACCAGAACUUUUUUAUAACGAAGAUGAAGCGAGAAAAUAUACACAAAACUCACGAAUUAUAGAUAUUCAAGCACAAAUGACUGAGCGAUGUGUCGAGCUUUUAGUUCUACCAGAAGAUACUCCGUGCCUUCUACUUGAUGUCGGCUGUGGAUCAGGCCUUUCCGGUUCUGUACUCGAGGAGUAUGGACAUAUGUGGAUUGGUUUAGACAUUUCGCCUGCUAUGCUAGAUGUUGCUUUGGAAAGAGAUACAGAGGGUGAUUUAGUCCUAGCUGAUAUGGGUGAGGGAAUGCCGUUCAAAGCUGGCAGUUUUGACGGAGCAGUCUCAGUGUCUGCCUUACAGUGGCUCUUUAAUGCAGAUAAAAAAUCACACCAACCAGUCAAAAGAUUGUACAAAUUCUUCAGUUCUUUAUAUGCAUCAUUGUCCAGGUCAGCAAGAGCAGUGUUCCAGUUUUAUCCAGAGAAUGAAAGUCAGUUAGAUUUGCUGACGACACAAGCUAUGAAGGCAGGUUUCUAUGGGGGUGUUGUUAUAGACUACCCAAACUCUGCCAAAGCCAAAAAGUUCUUUCUUGUACUUAUGACUGGAGGAGCUGCACCGUUGCCGCAGGCUCUGGGCACAGAAGAAAGUGAUAAUUCAUUACAAGUCAAAUAUGCUAGAAGAGAAGCAUCGAAGGGGGCCAGAGGUAAACCUUUGAAAAAUACAAGAGCUUGGCUUCUUGAAAAAAAAGAAAGAAGAAGAAAACAGGGGAAAGAAACAAAACCAGAUACAAAGUACACUGGAAGAAAAAGAAGUGGUCGAUUUUGACAUUUCUACUUAUAAUUAUUAUCUACAUAAAUUAAUUUUAAACAAUAAACUAUACUGAUAUAAAUUAUAUGAACA